AUGGGACAUUCCGGCCAUCCCUCUCCCCUCAUGACCGAUCUCCUCCGCCACUCCGGCGGCGUUGCCAUCAUCGAUGGCGGCCUCGCCACCGAGCUCGAGCGCCACGGUGCCGACCUCAACGAUCCGCUCUGGAGUGCCAAGUGUCUCCUCACUUCUCCUCAUCUCAUCCACACGGUGCACACUGACUAUCUUGAAGCUGGCGCUGAUAUUAUUAUCACCGCAUCAUACCAGGCUACCAUUCAGGGAUUUGAGGCAAAGGGAUACACUACCGAGGAAGGUGAAACCAUGCUCAGGAGAAGUGUGGAGAUCGCAUGUGAGGCAAGGGAAGCCUAUACCAAAAGGUGUAAAGAAGCUCAACAUGACGUUGAUAGUAGUGGGAAAGUCUUGAAGCAGCGGCCCAUUAUAGUUGCUGCUUCUGUUGGCAGCUAUGGAGCUUAUUUGGCUGAUGGAUCAGAGUACAGUGGACUCUAUGGUGAAGCUGUUAACUUGGAGACCUUGAAGGAGUUUCAUCGCAGAAGGGUUAAAAUCUUGGCAGAAUCUGGUGCUGAUCUCAUAGCAUUCGAAACCAUUCCAAAUAAGGUGGAAGCUCAGGCCUAUGUUGAGCUCUUAGAGGAAGAAAACAUUGAAGUUCCUGCAUGGUUUGCUUUUAACUCCAAGGACGGAAUCAAUGUUGUUAGUGGUGACUCUUUGAUUGAAUGUGCCACUAUAGCAGAUAGAUGCAAGAGAGUUGUGGCCGUUGGGAUCAACUGUACACCUCCUAGGUUUAUCCAUGAAUUGAUAUCAUCCAUUAGAAAGGUAACAAACAAACCAAUCCUUAUAUAUCCGAACAGUGGGGAAUGCUAUGAUGCAGAAAUAAAGGAGUGGGUGCAUAAUACAGGGGUUUCUGAUGAUGAUUUCGUAUCAUAUGUAAACAAGUGGUGUGAUGCAGGGGCUUGCCUGGUUGGAGGUUGUUGUAGAACAACUCCUAAUACCAUCAGAGCCAUCUACAAAACCCUUGCCAAUAGAUCAACCGAUGCACCGAUGUAG